UUGCCACCUCCAGCUAUGAUGGGGAAAUAAUAGUGUGGAACAUGAUCUCAGGACAUAUCUAUUGUCAUCUACAGAUUCCCCCAACAACAGCGUGCAGAGAUGGAGAAGCAGUAGAUAAGAGUGUAAAUAAAGUCAUAUUCUUGAAGACACGUGUACUGAAGGCUGAAUUAGGAGCUUCGCUUGUUGCUACUGGAUCCCAAGGUUCACUUGCAUUCUGGAAUCUGUUUCAUGGUGGACAACUGUUUAGUAUUUUUACUGCAUCCAAAGUGAAAUCUCAGAUAAGCAGCCUGGCUGUGUCGACUGAUGACUCUUUGCUUUAUGCAGCAGAUUAUGUUGGAUAUAUUUAUGUGUAUGGUAUGAAGGAUUUUGCAGUUCAUGGACCAGAAGUAGAUCCACCGAAACUUAUUAACUACUGGAGGGCUCAUAUCAGUGCUGUUACUUGCAUGGAGCUAAUAGAAGAACAGAAGGUGAUGGUGACCUCCUCUGUUGAGGGUACUGUCCGACUGUGGAGCAUGGAUGGGGAAUUUAUUGGUACAUUUGGGCAGCCAGAGCCCUGGGAAAUCCGUGCACCAGCAUCAUGGAAGCACCCAAUGGUUCCCUAUGAAAUUCUGAUUGACCCACUCAGCAUGCCCAUUCACCCAGUGCUGGAGGAAGAAAUGUCUUUCGUACAGCUCAGCAACUUUGAAAACAAUGAAGAAACCAUAGACAAUACAGAAUCAAAGGUUUGUAGGUAA